AUGGAGGAAAAGAAAGGCCUGGGGUGCCAUGUGAAGGCCAGUCACACCGCAGCCAUGGUGCCCCACAGCCAGUCAGACCCCAGCCACGGUGCCCCACAGCCAGCCACACCCCAGCCACAGUGCCCCGCAGCCAGCCACACCCCAGCCAUGGUGCCCGCAGCCAGUCACACCCCAGCCACGGUGCCCGCUGCCAGUCAGACCCCAGCCACGGUGCCCGCAGCCAGUCAGACCCCAGCCACGGUGCCCGCAGCCAGCCACACCACAGCCACGGUGCCCCGCAGCCAGCCACACCCCAGCCACGGUGCCCGCAGCCAGUCAGACCCCAGCCAUGGUGCCCCACAGCCAGUCAGACCCCAGCCACGGUGCCCCACAGCCAGCCACACCCCAGCCACGGUGCCCCGCAGCCAGCCACACCCCAGCCAUGGUGCCCGCAGCCAGCCACACCCCAGCCACGGUGCCCCGCAGCCAGUCACACCCCAGCCACGGUGCCCGCAGCCAGUCAGACCCCAGCCACAGUGCCCGCAGCCAGCCACACCCCAGCCAUGGUGCCCGCAGCCAGCCACACCCCAGCCACGGUGCCCCGCAGCCAGUCACACCCCAGCCACGGUGCCCGCAGCCAGUCAGACCCCAGCCACAGUGCCCGCAGCCAGCCACACCACAGCCAUGGUGCCCCGCAGCCAGCCACACCCCAGCCACAGUGCCAGCAGCCAGUCAGACCCCAGCCACGAUGCCCCGCAGCCAGCCACACCCCAGCCACGAUGCCCCGCAGCCACGGUGCCUGCAGCCAGCCACACCCCAGCCAUGGUGCCCCACAGCCAGUCAGACCCCAGCCACGGUGCCCGCAGCCAGCCACACCCCAGCCACGGUGCCCGCAGCCAGCCACACCCCAGCCACGGUGCCCCACAGCCAGUCAGACCCCAGCCAUGGUGCCCCACAGCCAGUCAGACCCCAGCCACGAUGCCCCGCAGGCAGCCACACCCCAGCCACGAUGCCCCACAGCCAGCCACACCCCAGCCACGAUGCCCCGCAGCCACGGUGCCCGCAGCCAGCCACACCCCAGCCACGGUGCCCGCAGCCAGCCACACCACAGCCACAGUGCCCCGCAGCCAGCCACACCCCAGCCACGGUGCCCGCAGCCAGUCAGACCCCAGCCAUGGUGCCCCACAGCCAGUCAGACCCCAGCCACGGUGCCCCACAGCCAGCCACACCCCAGCCACGGUGCCCCGCAGCCAGCCACACCCCAGCCAUGGUGCCCGCAGCCAGCCACACCCCAGCCACGGUGCCCCGCAGCCAGUCACACCCCAGCCACGGUGCCCGCAGCCAGUCAGACCCCAGCCACAGUGCCCGCAGCCAGCCACACCCCAGCCACGGUGCCCCGCAGCCAGCCACACCUCAGCCAGUCACACCCUAGCCACGGUGCCCCGCAGCCAGCCACACCCAGCCACGGUGCCCCGCAGGCCGGACCGCUGGUCCGGGCCGACGGGCCCACCUGACCGCAGCCACGGCUGGCCAGCCGGGGAAGGGCGCAGGACGGCCGCGGCCGCGGGGAGCCGCCUGCCAGGACUUCAUGAAGGCCGAGGGCGCGCACAGGCCGGCGGCGGGCCGGGUCCCGGGGGUGUGGGGGGGAAACCUCCAGAAGGCCGGGGUGGACCCGUGUCCUCGCGUCCCACCCGGACUGGACUCGGGGGCUGCCCUCCGCCGUUACCUCCGCGCCGGGGUCCGCCCCUGCCCGCGCCCGCGCCCGCGCCCCGCGCCCCGCACGUGCGCGCCGCUGAAGAGCUGCGCGACGUGGGCGCGGCGCCCGGGAGCCGGGGAGCGGCCGCGGGUUCUGGAAGGAUCGGGAGGCGGCGCGCGGGGCGGCAGCGCGCGCGGCCGCCGGCAGGGGGCGGGCCGGGCCCGCGAGCCGCGGUGUCCUCCCCUCACCCCGGACCCGGCCGGCUGUGCGGUGCCCGGCCUUCCCCGGUCUGCGAGUCGCUGUGGCUCAUGACGGCACGCGUGGAAAUGGGGAUCCAGAUCUGCUUGGACAUCCUGCGCUGCCACUGUGCCUACGUCCCUCCUGUAGACGCCCUGAUGAAGGGUUAUAGCCCGAUGAACCCAUUGCAGAUCAAAAAUAGCGCAAGUGGAGAAUGCAUCAGGACACCUCACCUUGGCAACGGCCCCUCGUGA